UAUAAGUUGUGAAGAUAUGGAAUUGGGUUUUGCAUGUGAGCAUAGUAGGAAAAGUUUUAAUGAAUGUAAACUGUCUUCCGAUCCGGAACAAACAGUAGAAACUGACUUGAAGGGAAACUGGAAACAUGAAAUUCGUAACAAUGCGUGGUUUUGUGGACUUGAUAUUUUUCGUCGCGGUAUUAACUCAGACUAACGCUAGUAUAUGGAGAAUGCCUGUUAUACCAGAAAAUAACACGGAUAUUCUACCGGCGUGGCGUGAUACAGAUAAGUUUUUCAAAAACACUGCAUCAUCUCUGAUUAAAGUUUUGAUGCCCACAAUUUUGGAAUCUACAAGUAGAUUAAAUUUAUCUUCGGAAUGUAUGAAGCAAGGUAUGCAGUUAGUGUCUGGACUGAAAAGUAUGAAAACGUGGGCCUUCAGCAUGGUGGACGCAAGUGCGAAAAUUCCUGAGGGUUUCGCCAGUGCCACUUUCACUCACCUCGGAGUGUACGAGCAGUGCCUGGACAUCAUGGUACCCCAUCCUAGAAACAAGGAUCAAAUUCAGUUUCAAGGCCAGUAUUGCUUAGCAGAAGUAAGGUUCCCUCUACCUCCUAAGUCCAAAAGAUAUGGUUGGUUUAGCCGCCUAGAAGAAUUGAAAAAUUUCACGGGAUCGGAAUUUUUGACUCUGAUGUCAACCAAGGCCCACAUGAAUUAUCUUAUUCCACUCACAAUGGGGCUCUGCAUUCCCUCUGGAUGCACCCGAGAAGAUCUCAAGCAAUUACUACAUGACCAGGCAGGGAAAUAUCAUUUUUUAUCGGAUGUAACGCACUGUGAGAUUAAGAAAACAGAAGUUCAUUUCACAGAAGGUCAAAUAGCAGCAAUAGUUGUGUGCUGCAUUUUGGGUUCACUAGUCAUCCUUGGCACACUUCUAGAAAUGAGAUCGAAUUCAGAAAAAGAUAAGUACCGAAGUAUAGGACUUCGAAUUCUCUUGUCUUUCUCCGUGAUAACUAAUUUUCAGAAGCUCACUAGCACAAAGACAUCAUCGGACAGUUUCAGCUGCCUUCACGGAAUACGGUUCCUAACCAUCACUUGGGUAGUGUUAGCGCACACUUACUUUUAUCCAGGAUGCUUUUUGUCUCGUUACCGCCUGCUCUUCCGUAUAUAUGACUUCGCAUCUGAAACUUUCACACAAAUGAUGACAAAUGGAUCGGAGUGUGUAGACACGUUCUUUUUCAUGGGGGGAAUGUUGCUUUCUUACUUUUCUUUAAAACAUGUGAAAGUGGACAAGAAGAGAUUUGAUGUGAAAGCUUUGAUUUUGCACAGAAUAUGGAGGAUUGUGCCAGUUUAUUAUUUCAUAUUACUUUGUGGCAUGCUGGUUCCACUCAUGGGAUCAGGCCCUAUGUUCGAAGAUACAAUGGAAGAUUCUAUUUAUCCUUGUUUCCGUUAUUGGUGGAGAAAUUUACUUUUCAUCAACAAUUUCUUCAACAUGAGCGAAAUGUGUAUGUUGCAUUUCUGGUAUGUUGCUUGUGAUAUGCAACUCUUUCUGGUUUCCGUAGUAGUUCUGCUUGCUUUUAUGAGGUCUGAAAAAGUUGGCUUAUUUAUGAGCGCUUUAAUUAUUCUGUCUUCUAUUAUCUACUCUGGUGUCAUUACCUACACAAAGGAUUUAAUGCCUACUUUAACUGUGGCAUACACAGAUCCAGAGGACCGAAGCAUGUUCUUUUUCUACACUUACGGAAACGUAUUAUCUCGGGCUGGACCCUAUUUCAUUGGAAUACUUUCCGGAUAUUUGCUAAUUAAGCACCGAGAUAUCAAGAUUCCGAAGAUCAUACAAGUGGUCGGAUGGUGCCUUGCAAUUGUAGCUUGUGGAACGAUUAUAUUCAUCACUAGUGCAUGGUUCAAAGUUUACACACCGAGUAAUGUUGAACUUGCAGUAUAUGCGGCGUUCUACAAGGUUUUUUUUACCGUCGGAAUUGCGUGGAUGACCUUAUGCUGCGUUACCGGAAGAGGAGGAUUCAUCAAUACAUUUCUGUCUUGGAAAUUGUGGGUACCACUCAGCAAACUUGCCUUCCUGAUCUACCUGAUUCACCCUUAUGUUCAAAAUAUUUUCAUAGCUAAUUUCACGACUGUUCAGGAAGUGACGCAUCUUCGUUUCGUCGUCCAAUUUUUCGGAUUUCUCUCUAUUUCCGCUUUGCUAGCAUUCGUUGCAAGCCUUUUGAUUGAAUCUCCAUUCUUAGCUUUGGAAAAAGUGUUCUUUAGGCGUGGAGAGAGGAAAAUCGAAAACAUGAAUGGCGAAAGUAACAAAGCUUUCCAAAACGGUGAUUUUGCAGUGAAAGUGCACGAAGAAUCGAACGGAAGGAGAGAAAAUGGUUUUCAUAACGAAACAAACGGAAUGGCACAAAAUGGUUUUCAUAAGGAAUCAAACGGAAAAGCACAAAAUGGAUACCAUAAAGAAUCAAACGGAGCAGUACAAAACGGGUACCACACAGAACCAAGUGAGAUGUCACAAAAUGGCUUUCAUUUAGAAUCACAUCAAAUCAGACUGUAACUAAUUUAUAGCUUUGUUGUACAUAGCAUCUUUUGUCAAAACAUUGUAAAUAUUUAUACUUAGCUAACCCGAAUAAAAAUAUUUAUGUGUA